AUGUUCGUCCAUGCAUGGUCGGCUCAAGACGUCCUGGACUCGGAGCUGGUCUGCACAGGCCCUCUGGGCAUCUGGGGCUCUUACGUGGCCACCGGUUUCUGCGUUGUGAUUGCAUUGACGCGCAGCUUCUCCGCUUUCGUGCCGGCUCAGAUCAACUUCGAAAUGCCCGCCAAUAAAACAGGACUCAUUUGA